AUAAAAUAAAAAAAAAUCAAUUAUGCGAAUUUUCUUAUCGUCCAUCAUGAGAAUUUGCUUUGCAUCUGAUUCAUAAAGCUGCAUUUCUAUUGUAGCAGCUAAUGCAAAUCAGUCACAGAAACUUUCAUGAAAACUAAGUGUAAGACAACUUAACCUCGAUAAAUUUGACGCUAACCGGAUAGUAAAUAAAACGAUUAUUAAACGAAAAUGGAUAUUCGUCCAAACAACACUAUUUACAUAAAUAAUCUAAAUGAAAAAAUCAAAAAAGAAGAAUUAAAAAAAUCUUUAUAUGCCAUUUUUUCUCAAUUUGGACAAAUAAUGGAUAUUGUAGCCAUGAAAACAUUAAAAAUGAGGGGUCAAGCGUUUGUUAUAUUUAAGGAAAUAGCAAGUGCAACUAAUGCACUUAGAUCAAUGCAAGGGUUUCCAUUCUACGAUAAACCAAUGAGAAUACAAUAUGCAAAAACAGACAGUGAUAUAAUUGCAAAAAUGAAAGGAACAUAUGCAGAAAGACCGAAGAAACCGAAACGAGUUCCUGCACCUGCCGAAGAAGAAGCAAAAAGGGCAAAAAAGAGGGCAAAGGAACAGGCAAAACAUGCACAAGUUGGUUAUCAUUCUGGAGUUCCUGCACAUCCUGGAAUGAUAAAUACAGCUGUACCGGAACAGCCGCCAAAUCAAAUUCUUUUCUUAACUAAUUUACCUGAUGAAACAUCAGAAAUGAUGUUGUCUAUGUUAUUUAACCAGUUCCCUGGAUUUAAAGAAGUUCGACUUGUACCUAAUAGGCAUGAUAUUGCUUUUGUUGAAUUCGAAAAUGAAGUUCAAUCAGGUGCAGCUAAGGACGCUUUACAAGGAUUCAAAAUUACUCCAUCACAUGCAAUGAAAAUAUCGUUUGCUAAAAAAUAAAUUUCCGAUAACAAUAUUGCUAAUCUGCAU